AUGGGACCGGCCGCCACCGCGCGGGCUACCAUGCGGUUGCAGUCAUCUUCGUUGAGGCCUGCGUAUUGCAAGGGCUCUUCGUAUGAGCAUCUGGUCGGGCAAUAUUCCUCAUACUCGACGGGCGCCGUUUCGCCCUUUAGCAGGAGAACGAAUGUUCAGACUAGUGCUUUCCCACUUUCUCCUCUUACGACAGAAUGGUCCGCUCUCCCUCUCUCCAGAUCGUUCCACCAGUCGGCUGCUUGCCUGCAGGAACAGCAGAAAGAAAAGAAAUCGGAUGAGGCCAAUAAGUCCGAGGCAAAGGACGAGCAGAGCAAAGAGGAGUCUCAGGAUGGACCCAAGGAAGAAGGGAAGAAGGAAGCCCCUCCGCCACCUCCGCCCCACGGUGACAAGACUCCAUGGCAGGUGUUCAGAGAGACUUUCCAGUCGGAACUCAAGGCUUCUAAGGAAUGGAACGAGUCCACCAAGGCCCUGGCUUCGUCGGCACACGAGUUCACGGAGAGCGAAUCGGUGAGAAAGGCUCGUGCCGCCUACGAAGCUGCAUCUGGUGCUGCCGCUUCCCGGACCUCGGAGGCGCUUAAAACCACUGGCCAGGCGAUUGGCAAGUCGGCAACCUGGACCUGGAAUACUCCGGUGGUCAAAGGUCUUCGGAAGGGCGUGUCUGCUACAGGUGAAGGCCUUGAUAAGAUGACACGUCCCGUGAGAGAGACCGAGGCCUAUAAAACGGCUGUUGGCGGUGUCAAGGACGCUAUUGACGAUGGUAGCAGCUCGCGUUAUGGAGGCUGGAUUGAGAAGGAGGAGCGCCGCCGCCAAAGGCAGCAGCGUGAGGAGAUGCAGGCCAAGGCUACCCCAAUGGUUGAGGAUCCCAAUGCCGGUACCAACGUAACCCUUCACAAGGACGCUGCUUGGAAGGAAUCGUGGCGCGACUUCCGUGACUCCAACCCUAUGAUGCAGAAGCUGUUCUCUAUGAAGAAUACCUACGACGAAUCGGAAAACCCUCUUAUCAGCACUGCACGCAGCAUCUCGGAUCGCGUCGCAGGAUUCUUUGCUGAAAAUGAGACCGCGAGAGUGAUCAAGAAGUUCCGCGAGAUGGAUCCCAACUUCCAGCUCGAGGCCUUCCUGCGUGAAAUGCGUGAAUACAUCCUGCCUGAAGUUCUUGACGCCUAUGUCAAGGGAGAUGUCGAGACCCUGAAGCUCUGGCUGUCUGAUGCCCAGUUCCACGUGUACGCUGCCUUGUCAAAACAAUACACCACCGCUGGGCUGAAGUCCGAUGGCCGCAUCCUCGAUAUCCGUGGCGUCGACAUCUCCCACGCUCGCAUGCUGGAGCCCGGUGAAAUUCCCGUUUUCGUGGUGACCUGCCGUACGCAAGAAGUCCACGUCUACCGGAACGUGAAGACAAAGGAACUUGCAGCUGGCAUGGAGGACAAGGUCCAGCUCGUCACCUAUGCAAUUGGCCUGACGCGGAUACCUGAAGACGUCAAUAACCCGGAAACAAGAGGAUGGAGGUUGAUCGAACUGCAGAAGGCUGCCCGUGACUACAUUUAA